AUGCAACGAGAGAUAAAUGACCUGAAAAGAAAGUUGCGCCGUGCACGGCAAAAGCGAUCUCCCUUCAGCUCAGAUGCAUCCUCUAAUGAGGAGGAAGACGUAAGUUACAGACGGAGGUCGAGAACUCCCUUAAGUGAAACUUUUUCUUACGAGAAGGAGUUGCGCCCUACACAGAGGUAUGAGAGCCCAUCUAGCAAGGGUUUGGGCAAUGAUGCCAUGAACAAGGCAUUGGAUCAGAUCUCCAAAUCACCCUUCGUGCACAGGAUUGAAGGGGCUAAAUUACCCCGACAUUUCAAUCAACCAAUGUUUACCAUCUACAACGGCCGAGCAGACCCAGUGGAGCACGUGAGUCAGUUUAACCAGAGAAUGACCAUCUACUCCCAAAAUGAGGCUCUGAUGUGCAAAGUUUUCCCGUCCAACUUGGGGCCAGUGGCGAUGAGAUGGUUCAACAACUUGAAAACAAAUUCCAUAGGCUCCUAUAAGCAGCUCACCCAAGCUUUUUGCUCUCGCUUUAUUACAAAUAGCAGAGUCCCUCAACCCCUAAGUUCAUUAUUGUCCUUAUCCAUGCACGAGGGAGAGACCCUAAAGGAGUAUUCGGAUAAGUAUUGGGAGAUGUACAACGAGUUGGAUGAAAACUACGAUGAUGUCGCCAUUAGCACAUUCAAAAGUGGUCUCCCCAUCGAGCAUGACUUAAGGAAAUCUCUAACUGGUAAAUCUGUUGCCAACGUUCAUCAGUUAAUGGAUAGGAUUGACAAGUACAAAAGGGUGAAAGAAGACCAACUACAAGGAAAAGGAAAGGAGAAGAUCGUUCCCCUCAGAGGGAAUGAUUACAGGUCGGAACGAUACAACCAUAACCAGCCGAGAAGAGACGAGACAGGCUGGACAAACCAACGUGCAAAUGGUUAA